AUGGUUCAAACUCGCCAACAAGCUCGUCCAAGGACGCAGCCUGACAAUAAAAAGGCCAACAGCAACGCUCGAGUACGGAAAUCUCGGCAAGUUCCAACACGCGUGAACCUUGGUGGACCUCAAAGAAGAACUGAGUUGACUUCUGAAGUCGUUAGUCUUUUGAAUAAAGAUGCGCCUGAGGAAGACUUCAGAAUUGCCCUCGCCAGAAGCGAAGUCAAGCUGGAUUUCUUUCCGCCUCUUAUGUUUGACAACUUAUACAAAGAAGAUGCCUUCUAUAAAGCGUUGCAGAAGCGAAGGCUGGAUGUUCUACCAUUGAUGCUUGGAAAGCAAGAGUUAGAAAUGUGGAACAUUCUUCAUUUGGCUGUUGUGUACGACAGCUUGGAGGUAGUCAAAGAGGUGCGGAAUAAGAUCCCCGAUCUUGGUUGCGUUGUUGAUCAGAGGGGAAGAACUCCCCUCCAUCUAGCCUUUACUAAAUGCAACACUCUGGUUGCCCAGUUUCUGCUGGAAAAUGACUGUUGGAAGAAAUACAAUGGGGCUGAUCGAGACUGCCUCGGCCACCUGGCCGUGGAAGCAAUUGCUUUCGAUUGCAGAAAGUCAGGAAUGUGCGCAUGGGCUCGGUUUGUUGGUUGGCUUUACGAUCCACAGGAAGGGGGAAUGGUAAUCGAUACCCAAGAUUCGAAUGGCGAAACCGCCAUUGACCUCGCCCGAAAAUGGGACAUUUAUGAUGUUAGAGUGAAAUACACUCUGAUGGGUCGGAAAUAA